AUGGCUCGACCGUCCUCAUUCGCUUCGGCACUUACACUCUCCACAAUCGCAUUAGCUUCUAGAACUUUUCUACGAUUAACCACAAAAAAGUAUGAUAUCAACGGACUACCAAUACUCUUAGAUGCGCUGAAGAUACCGCAUGAUGGGAAAGGAAAAGGAAAGGCUAUAGAGGGACUAGAUAAGGAUGGUGAUAGCUCGCAAGGCAGUAGACGAGGUAUUGUUACUGUAUGUAAUCAUAAUUCAGUGUGUGACGACCCAAUGAUGUGGUCCCUCAUGCCUUUGUCUACCUAUUUCCCUUUCGCUACCCCUUCGCAUACAUGCAGGAACUCUAGAUGGACGUUAGGGGCAUCAGAUGUUAUGUUCACUAAACCGCUUCAUUCAAAGUUUUUCAAUCUUGGUCAAGUUAUUGAGACUCAUAGAGGUGGUGGUAUAUUUCAACCUGCAGUAGAUCGUGCUGUCAAGUUACUACAGGAUGGUAAUUGGAUACAUAUCUUCCCCGAGGGAAAAGUCAAUCAGGAAAAGACUAAUCCUGAAGGAGGUUUACUGAGAUUCAAAUGGGGUAUAGGAAGGAUAAUAAUGGAUUCGAAAGUCAUGCCCGAGAUCAUACCUAUGUGGAUAUCCGGUUUCGAUCAGAUAUUAGAUGAACGAAGAGGAUGGCCAAAACCUAUCCCUAGACCCGGUGCUAAAAUAAGUAUAACAGUUGGGCAACCUCUCACUUCUCAAAUAGAGCCUUUAGUGAAAGCUUGGCGGGAUCUGGCAGGAAAGGAAGUUGGACCCGUUGGUGUAGGGGGUGAUUGGAAGCAAGAGUCUCAAGACGAUAAUCCUAGUAUGGUUGGGGACGCUCAGAGGGAAAUAAGAGGGAAAGGUGUACUAUCAGAAGGAAAAGAAAGAGAUCUAAGAAUCAAAAUUUGUGAUAUUUUACAAGAUGGUGUAGGCAAAUUAGGUGCAGAAAUUGAAAGGGUAGAAGGAAGAUUUGAAAACGGUUCAUGGAGUCAAUCGACCAAGAGAACAUAG